AUGUGUGCGGUUCGUCCCCGCACUCUCCCAACUCUCCCUCAUCUACUAUCUUCACAGAGACGUCCCGUCCCUACACCUGACUGCCUGGAAGAUACUUCCUUAAAUUCUCUCCACCCAGACCUGCAGGCGAUCCUUCGUGCCGCCCAUAAGCCGGCCACGUCAAAGGCCUAUGCUUACAAGCUUGCAAAAUUCCAAACCUUCCUUCGGGACCGACGCGUCGAUCCCUCCUCUGCUUCGAUCCCGCUGGUCCUGGACUUCCUACUUUCUCUUGCGGAUCGUCAACUCUCUCUGGCCUCGAUAAAAUCCUAUCUCGCUGCUCUCUCCUGGCAUUUCCAACGUCAGGGACAACCCUCUCUCUUUUCUAACAACCUCAUUAAGACCUUUCUUCGAGGUUACAACAACCUGCACCCUCAAGUUCAACCUCCGACUCCCGGAUGGAGCCUCGAACUCGUCCUUUCUCAACUAGCUUCAGCUCCCUUUGAACCUAUGGCCUCCGCUGACCUUCACCUUCUCUCUUGGAAGACUGCCUUCCUAAUCGCUAUCACCUCUGCGCGCAGGCCUUCGGAACUGGCUGCUCUUCGGGUGGACGAACCCUACCUCCGUUUCCACCACGACAGGGCUGUUCUUCGCCCGGACAUCACCUUCCUACCUAAGGUGGUCUCUGCUUUUCACCUUAACCAGAACAUAAUACUCCCUGCUUUCUUUCCUAAUCCUUCUUCUUCUUUGGAGCGGAGACUUCAUCUCCUGGAUGUCAGGAGAGCCCUCCUUUUCUACAAGGACAGGACUAAGGACAUACGUAAGUCACCUAGACUGUUUGUGGCUUAUGCUACCCAUAAGCUGGGUGAACCACUUUCUUCUCAAAGACUCUCACACUGGAUUGCUCAGACUAUCGAACUCGCUUACCAGCUGGCUAAACGCCAACCCCCCUCUUCGAUCCGCCCUAGAUCAACGAGGGGCCUUUCCACUUCUACUGCCUUCCUGAGGGGUGUCCCUUUGUUUCACACUACAGGAUGGACUCAAAGAACCUCAGGGACUCGGCCUUUGCCAGGUCUAUCCUUUCCUCCUGCCUUUCCUAACGUUACUUGCCUUACUCAAAACCAGUUUUUUUGCUGUCCUUUCUUACAAGUUCACCGCUGUCAUUCAGCCUUUAUUUACACGAUAUGUUCAUGGGUUCAUUAA